AUGAAUAGAACAGAAGAAAACAGCCAUCUGACAUGGAACAGUGAGAGGUCAGUGGUCUGCACAAUACUGAGCUUGUCAUUUGCUAUUGGGAUCCCUGGGAAUUCCAUUGUCAUCUGGACUAUUUGUGGGAAAGUGAAGCAAAGAUCUCCUACAGUCAUGCUGAUCCUAAAUCUGGCCAUUUCAGACAUCCUGGUGCUGGUUACUUUACCAAUCUGGAUUUACUCCUUUGCUAACACCUGGCUCUUUGGAGUCAUCUUCUGCAAAACACUGGUUUCUGUUGUUUACUGCAAUAUGUAUGCCAGCGUGUUUCUAAUUACAACACUGAGUCUGGAGAGGUUCAUGGCUGUGUUUUACCCAUUCAUGAUUCAAAGGUGGAAAAAUAAAGCUGUGAUUCUCAAAGCUGUCUUUCUCAUUUGGCUCCUGUCUAUUGCUUUUGGAACUUUCAUAAUCCCAUUUCAAGAGAUUGAAGAAACCAAGAUUGGGCAGCAGUGCACAUCUCGCAACUACACUUCUGAUCAGCAGAAGAUAUUGUUCCUUUUGUUGGAGACUAUUGUGGGUUUUGUGAUUCCUUUUGUUAUCAUCUCUACUUGUUAUGUAUGUGUUGGUAGAAGAAUAAACACAAUGACUUACUCAUCUAGGCAGCGGUCAGCGAGGCUGAUUGCCUGCGUGAUUGUGGUUUUUGCUGUUUGUUGGUUACCACAUCAUGUGUUUAACAUAAUAGAAAUUGUUUCAACACAGAUAGUAGACUCUAACCAGAAGAUGUCUUUGGCAUUGGAUGAGGUCUCAGAAAUGGGAGUAUACAUCUCUGGAUCACUGGCAUUUAUUAGCAGUUGCAUUAACCCUCUGCUUUACGCCUUUGCUGCUCGGAACUUUCAAAGUCACCUGAGAUUUGCAAAGAUGUUCAAACUUUUUGAAACGAUGACUUAA